AUUCACACACACAUGCGUAUCGUUCGUUGCGGUUCUUGGCAUAUUAAUUUGUAGAACGCGCAAAUCAAACUGUAAAACGGAAACCGAAAAUGAAUACACACUAGAAAAAGUAGAGAAAAAACAACACUACGCAAUUUCAUCAAUGCAGUGCGCGCGUCCAUCAUAUUGGAAUAUUAAUAAUUAAAUGAAAACAGAUUUGUGUUGUGUAUGGCGUGCGUCAGUCAGCGAACGAGUCACACAGUCACGUAGCAUACAAAAAACAAAAGGAAAAAACAGAAGCAGGCCAAUAGAAAAAGAAAAAGUUACAUGUGGGUAUAGGCAUAGAAGCGAAUAUGAUAUGAAAGAGAUGAGAGCAUGAAGAAGACAACGCGCGACGAAUAAAAUACAUUCAGAGCGCGACACAAAUAACAAAUACAAGCGGAGCAACAAAAAACGAAAAGAGGAGAAAAAGUGCUUCGAAAAAAGCCGGAACGACACAAAUGAAUGGACCUCAACACUCGUACGCUGCCAAACUACAUACAUACAUACAUACAUAUGCACACAUAUUCAUACAAAACACACGCAUACACUUGAAGCACUACCACCACCACCACAACUACAAGAACAACAUACAUAUAACGUAACUUCAGCCUCUAAGCCCAACUGUAAAACAACAAAAAGCGCAGCAUUUUAAUAUUGCGCUAGAGGGCAAGAAAUAGAAUUCCAUUUAUUGCUAACAGAGCAACAGCAACAACAACUGCAACAGCAACGUAAUUAUUAAGUUUAUCAAAAAGAAAAAAAAACAGCUAAAUUGUAAGACUAGUUAGUAAUUAAAUAUAUAUAUACACAUAUAUAUAAAAGAAAGCAACGGCACCAUGUGGAAUUCCGAACCAACACAACGCCAGCAGCAACAGAAUGGCAAUUCUACCUCGGGCAGCGGCCAGACUACCAAACAAUUGGGCAUUACAUCAGCGAUUAGCUUGGCCGAGCCGCGUGCCGAGGAUUUGCAGAGGACCGAAGAGCUAAGCAAAUCCCUGGAGCCAUACAAUGUCUUCGAGACUCAGGAAGAGCUGAAUCAUCGCAUGGAGAUCUUAGCCAAGUUAAACACGCUCGUCAAGCAGUGGGUAAAGGAUAUAUCCGUUAGCAAGAAUAUGCCCGAAGCAGCGGCCGAGAAAUUGGGCGGCAAAAUCUACACUUUUGGCUCAUACAGACUGGGCGUGCAUCAUAAGGGAGCGGAUAUUGAUGCCCUGUGCGUGGCACCACGCAAUAUCGAACGUUCAGACUACUUUCAGAGCUUCUUCGAGAUCCUAAAGAAACAGCCCGAGGUCACAGAGUGUCGAUCUGUCGAGGAGGCAUUUGUGCCCGUUAUAAAAAUGAAUUUUGAUGGCGUGGAAAUUGAUUUGCUAUUCGCACGACUCUCGCUCAAAGAGAUACCAGAUGACUUUGAUCUGCGCGAUGAUAAUCUGCUGAAGAACCUGGACCCACGUUCGGUGCGCAGUUUGAAUGGUUGUCGUGUAACAGACGAAAUACUUGCCCUGGUGCCCAACAUCGAGAACUUUCGCCUGGCCUUGCGCGCCAUCAAACUGUGGGCAAAGAGGCAUGGCAUCUAUUCGAAUUCACUGGGCUAUUUUGGCGGCGUCACCUGGGCCAUGCUGGUGGCACGCACAUGUCAGCUGUAUCCGAAUGCAGCUGCUGCCACGCUGGUGCACAAAUUCUUUUUGGUAUUCUCACGCUGGAAGUGGCCCAAUCCUGUUUUGCUAAAACACCUAGAUAAUGUGAAUCUACGAUUUCAGGUUUGGGAUCCGCGUGUCAAUGCCUCGGAUCGUUAUCAUUUAAUGCCAAUAAUAACGCCCGCUUAUCCACAACAAAACUCCACAUUCAAUGUAUCGGAGUCUACUAAGAAGGUCAUAUUGACCGAAUUUAAUCGCGGCAUGAGCAUUACGGAUGAGAUAAUGCUUGGCCGUGUUGGCUGGGAUCGCCUGUUCGAGGCGCCCAGUUUCUUUUACAGAUAUCGUCAUUUUAUUGUAUUGCUCGUCAACUCUCAAACAGCCGAUGAUCAUUUGGAAUGGUGCGGUCUGGUUGAGUCGAAGGUGCGCCUGCUAAUUGGCAAUUUGGAGAGAAUUCCACACAUUGUCUUGGCCCAUGUGAAUCCGAAAUGCUUCGAGCUGAAGAAGGGCGCUGCGACUGCUAAUAAUUCGCAGAAUAACAGCGGCAAUGAGGAUGAUUUGAAGCAGCAGUCGGCCCAAGCAGCCGUCACUACAGCGCCCUAUUGCUCACUUUGGUUUAUUGGGCUGGAGUUUGAGCGCUCCGAGAACCUCAACAUCGACCUCACCGAGAGCAUACAGAAUUUCACCGAACACGUGAAUAUGCAUGGCGUAAAUAUUAAAAUGUUGAAGGAGGGCAUGUCGAUUGUAGCGCGCCAUGUGAAGCGCAAACAGCUGUCGGUCUACCUGGACGCCGAUUUUCUUAAACGUGAACGCAAAUCGAUGGAAAAUCACAAUAAUUUCAAUAAUUCGAUGAUGGCGAAACGCAAGCGCCUGUCGUCAGAGCUGGCGCAGUCGCAAGAGCAGGUGCCGCCCACAAAUCCAAGAGGACGCGAUAGCGGCAAUAAGGUGCAAAGAUUAAGUGAAUCGUUGACUGAGGAAAAUUCGAAUGCCUCUAGUGAAAUGGGCGGUGUAACGCCCACGACGCCAACAGCUGCGCAAAUGAGUGCACCCAAUUUCAAGGCAGGCGCGAAGAAUGGCUCCGAUAACAACUGCAUGGACACCACACCAGAGCAGGCAGCGAAUGGCAGCGGCAGCAACAGCAGUAGCAACAACAACAAUAACAACAGCAACAGCGCAACGACAGCUGAGGUGGCCUGCUCGUGACAACCGCCAAUGCCACAAGCACAUCAGCAUCAGCAGCAACAACAGCAACAACCACUGCAGCAUCAUCAUCAUAAAUUUCGCAAAAACAACAAUGCGGCCGCGGCGGCUGCUUCCAAUAGCAUUUUUAAUCAGCGUUCUAUAUUGCAUGCGGCUUCUAGUCUAACGGCCGCUCUAAGCAUAACCGGACACAAGCGCAAGCAUCCAGCAGCAGUAGCAGCAGCAACAACAACUACAACAACAA